GGACGAGUCUCGCACUGGAGCAUCCAUUCUGGCUCCAGCGAGCACCGCGGCUGAUUCAAGAGGAGAUGCGGACAAGCCUGAGAGGGACUCUGGUGACAGUUUGAUGCGGGUAGAAGCUGCGGAGCAUCGGGAAAGCAUCACCUUAUUUCUAGUGUAUGGCCCGAAUCUGAUGAAAAAACAAAUCCGUUGAAUUCUCAUAGAGGACGGACUCGCUACGACAAGGCGGUACUGGUGUUACCGUAGAACAGCCAUGAUCCUGAACGCCUCAGAGCUGGGCUGGGAUGAGUCUUCCGGUAUGGACCCUGUCUUCCCCCUGGAACAGCUGGAGAGCUCCUCUUCCCCUAAGGUCCCGCCUCUCACUGUUUGGGGCGUGGCUCUCUGUGUUUCUGGAACUGUCAUCACCGCCGAGAACACCAUCGUCAUUACCACCAUCUUGGCCACGCCAUCUCUUCGGGCUCCCGUGUUCCUGCUGCUUGCGAGCCUCGGGCUUGCUGACCUUCUGGCAGGUGUGGCGCUGAUCCUGCACUUCCUGUUCCAGUUCUGUGUGGAGCCCAGGGAUUGGUCGCAGCUGCUGACGUCAGGGUUGCUGGUGACAUCACUGACCGCCUCACUUUGUAGCCUCAUGGGAGUUGCCCUCGACAGAUACCUGUCCUUGAGUCAUGCCCUCACCUACGGCUCGGGACAGUCACGCCGCAGAGCUGCCACCUUGCUGCUGCUGGUCUGGUUGGGUGCAUGUGCCAUCGGAGCUGGACCAGCGAUGGGAUGGCACUGUCUGGAGGACCUAGACUCCUGUUCUGUAGCACCACCUCUGACGCGGACAUAUCUAUCACUGCUGUGCGGUGGCUUCCUAGUGGUUGUUGCGGUAACCCUGCAACUCUACGCUGGAAUCUGCCGUGUGGCCCGGAGACAUGCCCAUGCCAUCGCCACUCAGAGGCACUUCCUGCCCACCAACCAGCCUUAUGCAAACAGACACAGCACCGGAAGGGGCUUCUCCCGAUUGAUCUUGGUCUUGAGUGUGUUUGUCGGAUGCUGGAUGCCUUUCUCCCUUUGGGGGUUGCUUGGAGACGCAUCCAGCCCUCCCUUGUACACCUAUGCCACCUUGGUGCCAGCAGCAGGCAGCUCCCUGCUCAAUCCCAUCCUCUACAGUCUGAGAAAUAAAGACAUUCGUAAGGUGCUGUUUAGCGCCUGCUGCCCACACAGAUACUCACACAACACAAAUAUUCAGAACCCAGUGGAUGUGUAGACCUCACCAGAUCCAACACACAACCUAUGCCAGACAUAUCACUGUUUUUGUGCCAAAACACAUAAAAGCUGCGCCCACUGUCAUCCACAUCCAGAGUCUGACUUCCUGAAACACACACAGGCAGCACUUUUCAAAGACAAACCAGAAUGUGCUGAACCGUCAUGGCUGGCAGUCCACUUGGGACUAAAUGUACUGUCCUGUACUUUGUACGGUGUGUGUACUUUGUGCCUCAGUCAAGUAGCUCCACUGGAUCCUCGGAGUAAAACAAUCACAGGAACGCUUCCCGCGUGGACGUGAGAGGGUGUCAGCACUUUACAGCCGGAAGAGAUAAGUCCCAAACGGAGGCCUGACAGGUUGACAAACACAUGAGAUCCAAAGCCCAGUUCUAUUUACUUGAAAUGUCUGAAAAACAUGUUAUUGAUGUUUGGAGUUCUAUUUUGCACAUGCUGAUAAUGGCACUGCGAAUGGCAGUGACCAUACAUUCUUGUUGCACAACCUUUUUAGAAAUUAUGAAUAUUUUAUACUGAUAAAUAAAUAAUAAAUCCGCUUUUUUCUACUGAA